CUCUCUCUCUCUCUCUCUCUCUCUCUCUCUCUCUCUCUCUUCAUUGCUUCAUACACUAAUUUCACUCUCUUUCUAUACAUGAUUAUGAUAGUGAAAAGCUUCAACUUCAAACCAAACCCAAAACAGUGAAACCCAAAUCCCAAAACCAAAUAAAAAUCAAAUUUUUAUUAUCUUCGUGAUGGAGUCGAAGGGUCUGCGAUUCAUGACCCAUCAAUCAAUUUUCACCAUGGUUGGAUCUGCUGACCUUGAUGGGUUGAAGAAGCUCUUAGAGCAACUCAGAAAGGAAGAAGAUGAUAAUAGUAAUAAUGGGUCGUCAUCAUCAUCUUCACCUGUGUCGGUUUAUGAUGUUAUGGCUCUUCAAAAUGAUCAUGGUGAAACUCCUCUUUACAUCGCUGCUGAACGUAAUUUGAAGCAAGUUUUCAGCUUUUUGCUGAAUUUGUGUGAUUUUGAGAUUCUCAAGAUUCGUUCCAAGUCUGAUAUGAAUGCUUUUCAUGUUGCUGCUAAGCGUGGCCAUUUGGAUAUUGUGAAGGAGAUUUUGAGUUCUUGGCCUGAGGUUUGUAAAUUGUGCGACUCGUCGAACACCAGCCCUUUAUAUUCUGCUGCAGUUCAAGACCACUUGGAUGUGGUGAAUUCUAUUUUGGAUGUUGAUGUCGGCUCCAUGUUUAUAGUUAGAAAAAAUGGGAAAACUGCGCUACACAAUGCUGUUAGGUACGGCGUCGAUCGUAUCGUGAAAGCACUUAUUGCCCGCGAUACAGGAAUUGUUUGCAUUAAAGAUAAAAAAGGUCAAACUGCACUGCAUAUGGCUGUCAAAGGACAGAGUACAUCGGUGGUGGAAGAGAUAUUACAAGCUGAUCCGACUAUAUUGAAUGAGCGCGAUAAGAAGGGUAAUACAGCUCUUCACAUGGCUACGAGGAAAGGCCGGUCACAGAUAGUGAGCCUUUUGUUAAGCUAUUCAGCUGUGGAUGUUAAUGCCAUCAAUAAGCAACAAGAAACAGCUUUGGAUUUGGCAGAUAAACUUCCAUAUGGAUCUUCAGCUUUAGAAAUCCAAGAAGCACUUUCAGAAUAUGGUGCUAAAUAUGCAAGACAUGUUGGUAAAUUAGAUGAAGCAAUGGAACUUAAAAGAACUGUAAGUGAUAUAAAGCAUGAGGUGCAAUCACAGCUUAUUCAGAACGAAAAAACUCGGCGACGAGUUUCUGGUAUAGCUAAGGAAUUGAAGAAACUUCAUAGAGAAGCAGUUCAAAACACCAUUAACUCUGUCACAGUGGUUGCUGUCCUUUUCGCCUCGAUAGCGUUCUUGGCUAUAUUCAAUUUGCCAGGUCAAUAUAUCAUGAAAGGACCACAGACAGGAAAAUCUAACAUAGCCGAUCAUGUUGGAUUCCAAGUUUUCUGUCUCUUGAAUUCGACGUCUCUUUUCAUUUCUCUUGCUGUUGUCGUUGUUCAAAUCACUUUGGUAGCUUGGGAUACUAGGGCUCAGAGACAAAUCGUGUCGGUCGUUAACAAGUUAAUGUGGGCUGCAUGUGCUUGCACAUGUGGCGCGUUUUUGGCUAUAGCUUUCGAGGUUGUUGGAAAGAAAAAAUGGAUGGCCAUUACCAUAACAGCUGUAGGGACACCAAUUCUAGUUGGGACUCUAGCAAGCAUGUGCUACUUUGUUUUCCGGCAACAUUUUGGUAUUUUUCAAAGCGAUUCCCAAAGACGCAUCAAGCGAGCAAGUGGAAGCAAAUCUUUCUCGUGGUCUUACUCUGCAAAUAUUUCAGAUUUGGACGAAUACAAUUCAGACAUUGAGAAGAUCUAUGCUCUGUAAGCUAGCAAUCACAAUCGUGUCUUACCACACGAUAUAGAUUCAGACAUUGAGAAGAUCUAAGCUCUGUAAGCCAGUGAUCACAAUCGUGUCUUACCACGCACGAUAUACCGCCCGAUAUGUAUAGUAUAGUUCAAAUAAGUUUUGGUCUACAAAGUACAGCUUCUAACAGUUUCCAGCAUAAGAAUGAUCAAGAUAUCAAUGAUUGUAAUUUUAUAAUAUAUCAGUGGUUGUUAAAUA